CGGCAAUUGGUUUAACCGUGGGUAACAGAAAAAAGAGGGAGAUGCUCAACAUCCAAAGCGAAAACGAGCACGUAAGAGACGGUUCUUUUGGUGUCAUUGGCUCAGCGCUUUGCUGUUGCAAGGUCAGUGAACGAUAAAAGAACUGAUCGAAAUGAUGAUGACAAGGGUUGAUCGAAGAGGCAAGCUUAUUUUAGCGGCAGGUUUAAUUAUUUAACCGAACGAGAACCACAAUAGUUCUAGUUUCGGCAAUUUACAGUCCCAGCUCACGUCAGCAAGAGAAGACACAUUGAUCUUGGAGAUCCCUUCGCCUCCAUACGACCAUGGCUCAGGACGUCGGAGAAUUGUUGGGAGCGUCAGUAGUUUUCGUUUUACUCUUAACUCUAUUGGCGAUUUUCACUCAACUGUUGCUCAGCAGCUAUGUGAGCAAAUGGAGACAGAUGAAGCCUAUUCCAGGUAUAAGCCCGACCUACCCUUUACUGGGCAAUGCGCUUGCCUUCAAGUCCAAUGGACGAGAUUUCUUCUGUCAACUGAUUGAGUACACAAAUGCAUUCCGGAAUGAGCCGCUGAUGAAGAUCUGGAUCGGUCCUGUGCCUUUUCUUGUUUUAUUUCACGCUGAAACCAUUGAGAUGGUGCUCAAUAACCCGAAGCACAUGGAUAAAGCCUACGCCUACAAGUUUCUCCACCCGUGGCUGGGCACCGGCCUGUUGACCAGCACUGGGGACAAGUGGCGCAGGCGGCGGAAGAUGCUCACCCCCACCUUCCAUUUCUCCAUCCUGACGGAGUUCCUGGAGGUGAUGAACGAGCAGGCGGAGGUGCUGAUCGAGAAGCUGGGGAAGCAGGCAGGCAAAGGGGCGUUCAACUGCUUCAACCACAUCACCCUCUGUGCCCUGGACAUCAUCUGUGAGACUGCAAUGGGCAAGAAAAUCUAUGCGCAGAGUAACUAUGACUCUGAGUAUGUCCGUUGUGUGUACAGGAUGAGUGACAUCAUCACCCGCAGGCAAAGGAUGCCGUGGUAUUGGCCGGACUUGAUCUACUACUUCCUGGGGGAGGGGAGGGAGCACAACAGAAGCCUGAAAGUUCUCCACUCCUUCACAGAGAAUGUGAUCUCUGAGAGAGCCGAGUAUAUCUCCAGCAUCGAGUCGGACAGCGAGUCGGACCAGGGCACCAAGAAGCGCAGGGCCUUCCUGGACAUGCUCCUGAAGACCGUGGACGAGGACGGCAACAGGCUGACCCACAAGGACAUCCAGGAGGAGGUGGACACCUUCAUGUUCAGGGGCCAUGACACGACAGCAGCCUCAAUGAACUGGGCUGUCCACCUGAUUGGCUCUCACCCGGAAGUCCAGAGGAAGGUUCAGCAGGAACUCCGGGAAGUGUUUGGCGAGUCGGACCGCCCUGUUAACACGGACGACCUGAAGAGGCUGCGCUACCUGGAGUGCGUCAUCAAAGAGUCCCUGCGCCUGUUUCCCGCCGUCCCGUUCUUCGCCCGCAGCAUUUGUGAGGACUGCCACAUCAGCGGCUUCAAGGUCCCCAAAGGCGCCAACGCCGUCAUCAUACCGUACGCCCUGCACCGCGACCCGCGGUACUUCCCCGACCCGGAGGAGUUCCGCCCCGAACGCUUCCUGCCCGAGAAUUCGGUGGGGAGGCCCGCGUACGCGUUCGUCCCCUUCUCUGCGGGACUGAGGAACUGCAUAGGUCAGCGCUUUGCGAUAAUGGAGGAGAAGGUUGUUUUGGCUUCAAUUCUGCGCAACUUCAACAUUGAGGCGACCCAGAAGCGGGAGGAUCUGCACCCCCUGGGGGAGCUCAUUCUCCGGCCCGAACAGGGAAUCUGGAUCAAGAUAGAGAAGAGAGCGCAGUGAUACCCCCUCCACCCGCCGCCCUCCACUCACUUCUAACCACAUCCAGUCUCACCUACACCCGCCCCCACCCACCUCCGUCCACGCAUGCA